CAAGUUCAAGGUGUGCUUCAUUCGAGUCAGCCAGUGUGGGCAGACUAAUUUCUAUUUAAAACACCCGCUUCUCUCUCGUCCGUCAGUCCGUGGACAAACGCAGUGCGCGCGCCUGCAACGAAUACAACUGCAAAGAUGUCGAUAGUCCCCAUGAUGUUCCGCGAUUGGUGGGAUGACUUCGAGAGGCCGUCGAGGCUGCUGGACCAGCACUUCGGCAUGGGCCUGCGCCGGGACGACCUGCUGUCAUCCCUGUCGACCCUGCCCUCCAGCUCCCUGUUCAGAAACUCCUACUUUAGGCCCUGGCGAACAAGCCUGGCGAGACAAGAGUCAUCUUCAACUAUCAACCUUACCAAGGAGAAGUUUGAGGUUAUCCUAGACGUACAACAGUUCUCCCCCGAGGAGAUCACAGUUAAGGCAUCCAACAACUGCGUCUUAGUCGAAGGCAAGCACGAAGAGAAGCAGGACGAGCACGGUUACAUCUCCCGCCAGUUCACAAGGAGGUACAUCCUACCCACUGGGUACGAUGUCGCCGAUUUAGUCAGCACCUUGUCUUCAGACGGAGUUCUGACAGUCACAGCUCCCAGGCGUCCGCCUCCACAGUCAGGGGAGAGGAUCGUACCAAUCACUAAGACUGGUCCAGCUAAGCAGCCCGAACCACCGAAAGCCGAGCCCCCUAAAGAACAAACAGUCCCAAUCGUAACAUCCCCCUAAAAUAACUCCUUAAGUCUCUGCUAACGAGUCUAAGCUAUUGACAUUGACAGAAAAUUUAGUUCUGAUUAAAGAUCAAAGAUGAUCGUGGCUAACUCAAUUUACUCAGUAGUUGUUGUUAUUUGUCUGUAAAUCUUCAAACUAAUAAAUUAAUGUGGGUCCCUCGCCGCGGUCAAGCGACCUGUGGUGCAGUGAUAUGACAAAUGACUAUCGUUUUGAUUAAGUAAAAUAUUGCAUACUAGCAUAAAAAUACACAAUUGGAUUGAGGCCCCGAGACUUAGUUACUAAUAGAGACUAACUUGAUUUAGCUCUAUAAGACCCAGUCCGACCCUGACUCUAAAGUCAAUGCCAAAGGGAAUUUUAUCAAAUUCUUCUAUUUAUAUUUUGAUUACGUUAGCAGAAAACUUACGUCUAUAAAACACUACCGAUGCAGCACGACCGAAGCAUAAAUAGCAUUUAUUUUACCCAUCGUUGGCCAACGAUGAGUCACGAUUCGAAAUGAACGAAUUAGGUUUAUAAAGAGGAAUGCAAAUAAGCACCAUCGAAAACACUGAUGGUUAUAAUUUUAAUGUACAUUUUGUAAGAUAAAUAAACAUGUUUUCGUGACACUCA